CCAGUAGUUUCUCAAAUCUUCUACAUACAUUUUUUUUGGCACCCACUUUGUCUUUUCUUUGGCCUUUAGCAACACUAUAGAUAAACCUAAGAAUAAGAGGGAUUAACCUCUUUUCCUUAAUCCAUUCAUUGCUCCCUCGAACUGUUGUUUGGUCUCUUCUCUCUUAUCCAUGGCAUCAACGUUUCUCACCCUACCAACUCCCUUCCUACACAAAACCAAUGCCAUCAAUUUCUCUAACAAGAGACCCUCAUUUUUGCAGAGGAGCUCUCUGAAGAUUCAUGCAAUUACCAAAAAAUGGGAACCCACAAAGGUUGUGCCUCAGGCUGAUAGAGUUCUUAUUCGUUUGGAGGAGCUUUCAGAUAAAACAGUUGGUGGAGUUUUGCUGCCUAAAUCAGCUGUUAAAUUUGAGCGCUAUCUUGUGGGAGAAAUCCUAACUGUUGGUGCUGAGGCUGGAGAACUAAAGGCUGGAACAAAGGUACUAUUCACUGACAUGAAUGCUUAUGAGGUGGAUUUGGGGACUGAUGCAAAACACUGCUUCUGUAAAGCAAGUGACUUAUUGGCCGUUGUGGAGUAGGGUUUUGGCCAUUGAACGAGACAAAAAGGGAGCAAUCUUUUUUGUGAUAUCUUUGAUAAGUGUAUUUUUAGUAGAAUAAACCAUUUUUUUUCAUUGGUGUUAAAAUUUUAUCUUUUAUGUUACAAUAACUUGCUUUCCACCAGGUAGUUUCUGAUUCAAAACACUACUCAUAAAGAUGCCUUUUGCGAUCUACUCUUUCCAAUAGUCUAAGGUUAAAUUUCGUUCA